ACUCCUUUCUUAUCCCCUCCUCCGCCACCACACUCCCCCCCUCUCUCCUCACCCUAGCGCCCCCUCCCGCCGCCGCUAGGGUUUCACCUCCCCUCGCCGCCUCCUCCAAAUCCUUCCCGAAUCUUCUACAGCCUUACGCAGCCCCUCCGCAGCCAUGAGCGAAGGCAAGGACUCCCUCGACCUCUCCGGCCUCGCCGCCGCCGUCCCCAGCGCGGCCGAGCUCAGCGCGGAGGACAAGGCCAAUCUCGUGGCGUCGAUCAAGAACACGCUGCAGGGAUUGUCGUCGCGCCAUAUGGACGUGCUCGAGAGCCUCGAGCCCAAGGUCAGGAAGCGUGUUGACAAGCUGAGAGAAAUCCAGGGCCAACAUGAUGAAUUUGAGGCAAAGUUUUUCGAGGAGAGGGCUGCACUUGAAGCAAAAUAUGAGAAGAUGUACGAACCGCUGUACUCAAAGCGUUACGAAAUUGUCAAUGGUGUGCUUGAGGUUGAAGGUAUCACAAAAGAAAGUGCAGAUGAAACCCCUGUGGAGCAAAAAAGUGCAGAUGAAACCCCUGCAGAGCAAAAAGAAGAAAAAGGUGUGCCGGAUUUCUGGCUUAAUGCAAUGAAGAACCACGAAAUCCUGGCUGAGGAGAUCCAGGAGAGGGAUGAGGAAGCUCUCAAGUACCUCAAGGACAUCAAGUGGUACAGGAUUAGUGAGCCGAAGGGUUUUAAGCUUGAAUUUCACUUUGAUACAAAUCCAUUCUUCAAGAACUCGGUGCUUACGAAAACAUAUCACAUGAUUGAUGAAGAUGAACCAAUUCUAGAGAAAGCCAUUGGUACUGAAAUUGAAUGGUACCCUGGGAAGUGCUUGACACAAAAGGUGCUUAAAAAGAAGCCUAGGAAGGGGUCAAAGAACACUAAACCUAUUACAAGAACUGAAGGCUGCGAGAGCUUCUUCAACUUCUUCAGUCCACCACAAGUUCCUGAUGACGAUGAGGAAAUUGACGAGGAUACAGCUGAACAGUUGCAGAACCAAAUGGAGCAAGAUUAUGAUAUUGGAUCUACCGUCAGAGAUAAGAUUAUCCCGCAUGCUGUUUCAUGGUUCACUGGAGAGGCUGCUCAAGAUGAGGACUUUGAAGGCAUUAUAGAUGAGGAUGAUGAUGAAGAUGAUGAUGACGAAGAUGAAGAUGAAGAUGACGAGGAAGAUGAAGACGAUGGUGAUGGAAAGAAAAGCAAGGGUGCUGCUGCAGGGGAAGGGCAGCAGGGGGAACGACCUGCAGAGUGCAAGCAGCAGUGAGGUGCUGCCUGCUGCGUAUUGAUUAUUUCCAGAGACAGUGGUUGUGGAGUGAUGAAAGUUUGGUUCUGCCUGAUGCAAUGUCAUUGAUUUGGUUUUGUGGAAACCGGAGGGGGAUUUUUUUCCGGGACAGGUAUCAUAUGGUGUUGGUAGUUUUGUCACUUGCUGUAUUGGGUUCAGAUAUUAUGUGCUCUGCUUAUGCUUUGAGUGAUCAAUGUUGCCAGUCUGGUAUAUCUUAUUGCGUGUACCACUGGCACAGUCUGCUGUAUCUUCAAGUGUGUUGUGGAGAAAUUUUGAUCUAGGGGAACGGUUAUCUUUUUACCCGACAA